GCUUGUUGGUCGAUGAAAAUGAAGGGGUCCACCAGAUCCGAAGAAUCCCUGAAUGUCAUUAGCGUACGAUAUGCUAGGGUUGUACGCCAUUCCAUUGAAGGCAGCUUGUCUACCUCAUUCAUCCAUCCACACCACACUCAAAGUCUGCAUCGAGUUGAAAAAACUAAAAUAAAAUAAUAUAAUAUAAUACCGCUCUUUAAUUGUUUUUUAUCACCCUAUGUAAGGUUACAUGUAAGUUUACGGCAGUUUCAUGCAAUAUAACUCUUAUAGAUAUAGGUCGGUACGCGCAGUCUCUUACAAUCAAUCGCCUGUUCAAACCUGCAGGUAAUAGUGAGCACUCAAUUAUUUUGAUCCGAGAUAUACGUUGGAUAACUCCAUAUAUCCUUCAUUCGCAGAUCACGCUCUUGGUUAAUAAGUCUGCCAGGUCUUGCAAUUGGAGUAAACUGAUCAGAAUUACUUUACUUCAACCUCCUAUCCUCUGCGCGAAGAGUCGUACGCAUUGUCCAACUAUUCAUUUUCGUACUAUUCUCCUUAUGACGCAGUGACGAUGGUACUAGUAUUAUGACCAUCCAUUGACUACUUGACUACCUCGAAGCUUUUAACAUUCCAUUCGAACAAAUCACUACUCUACCGCGAUCACUAUACUCCGAAUAACACUAUCUGCUAGCAAUAUACCACUCAUAUCAGACCGCUCUUAACUUAUCUUUAUCCAUAUUCACCAUGCCGAUAUUUUCAACAUUGGAGGCAUUGACAAACCUCACUCAAGCCAUACCGGAUUGGAACAAACGACUAGACGACCUAAACAGUCAAAUAGCAUUACGACAAAUCGAGCUUGCACGAUUGGUAGACACCAAACCCGCACGCUCCUUGAAGAAUAAAGGUUCCACCGAAUCACUACGACCAAAAGAUGGAGAGGAGAUCAUCAACGAAGCCCAAGACACCAUAGAGAAGUCCUCACCUCUUACCGAUUCCCCUAAAUCGGCCCAAAAUGGGACUCCCACAACAGUACGGCCCAAUUCCCCAUCAGUAGCUCGAGCUGCUGCUGCCGCCGCUCUCGAAUACAACCAAUCCUCAUCCGAACCACAACCACAAGCCGAAUCGCCCAAGCCCCUUACUCCGCGAGCAUCACCCACCGCCUUAAAUCGACAAUCAUCCCAACCGACUCCUCAAACUGAACCACUACCACGCGCUCCGGCCAUCCUGCGGAAACGAAAAACCGAAUCCCUCGCAUCAGGAACUUCUCAAGCCCCGAGAUACCGAACCAGAUCAAUGAUAAUAGUAUACUACGACAGCGCAGUGCAAACCGCCUUUGAAGAACUCGUCAAAUUCGUAAGUGGGAAUCGAAAUGCUAUGAGGAAGGGGAAAAUGGCAGCUAAAAUGGCGGAAAUGAGACGAGCUGCGGAGAUGGAAGCCGAGGAGGAAAGCGACGAUGAAUCCGAAUCCGAGGCUUCAAAAGCUCUAGGCAGUGCAUUGCCCAAACCUUCGUUGCAUCACCAAGUUGCUUCGCAAGAAACAUCGAACCGGGUACAGCUAAAUGGGGGAGAUACUGGAGCAGGAACGAAACUAAAAUUCACAUCGACGAGAAACAUGGGUGCGUCUCGCGAUCGCAUGACGGUUGGAAAUACCAUGAAUGUGCUACGAGGAUACCGACGAGCUGGCGCAGGAGGAAUCGGAGGAAGCGCCACGGAUAUAUUUGACGAACUAGACAAGGGGCUCGAAUGGUGUCAAGGUCAAUGCGAACACGCUGCUCACCAAUUCCUACGCGACGGAGAAUGCAGUACUGAAAUCGAGAAUAUCAAAAAGAGACUUGCGGAAGUGCGAGAUAUUGCCGAGCAGAAGAUGGGAAAAUUGAGGAUGGAGCAAGAAUUGGAAAAAAAGGAUGAAGUUUCUAAUUCGAUGUCUUUGGAGGAGGAUUCACAUACCAAUGGAACGAAAUUCAUACCGGCAAUAGCUCCGAUUCAAGAUGGACCUGUCGUGUUGGAGGUUGAUGAUAAUAUGGAAGUGGAUGAUGAAGAAGAUGAUAAUGAUAUUUUUGAUCCGAGAAAAUUGAUCUUUAAGCGCUCAGGGGAUGUCGCGUACUGAAUAUUUUAGUACAUCCAUAUAUCUUGGAUAGCAGCAUAGCAUCAAGGCUUCCAUUCCCUUGACUUUACUGAAAAUCUAAAAUCUCGGAAUUAUCGUUUUGGAGUCGGGAUCUGGGAUUGAUGAUGUGACUCUUUGAAUGAUGGGUGAGGAUUGGUUCUACAUGGGGAUUAUACGGCGUGGAAAAUAAAGUGCAGAGGUAUAUAUAUAUAUAUAUAUAUACAUGCAUGCAAAUAUUGGCAUUUCUUAGGGUUCACAGCAUAUAGAUCUAUGGUUUAGACGAUGGGUAUUUGAGUGGUAUGGAGGGAAUUACCAGAUGGUGUGACGGAUGAGAUGAGUAUAGUCAUUGAUUUUGAUUUUGAUUAGCAUGGGGAUGGAUGGGGAUGGAAAAGUAUUUUGCAUUAUAUGGGAAUGGGAUGGAGGUGGAU